AUGUCAGAUAUCACACGACCUGUAUUAUUCCAACCAUUAAAAAUCAAUGAUUCAAUUGAACUACCCAACAGAAUAGGUGUUUCACCAAUGUGUAUGUAUGCAGCAUCAACAUCAACAAAUGAAAUUAGUUCAUUUCAUUUAAUUCAUUAUGGAUCAUUUGCAAUUAGAGGACCAGGAAUAAUUUUUAUUGAAAGUACAUCAGUUUCCAAAAAUUCAGGAUUAUCAAAUUAUGAUUUAGGUUUAUGGAAUGAUUAUCAAGCUAAAAAUUUGAAAAAAAUUGUUGAUUUUAUACAUGAACAAAAAAAUUCAAUUUAUUGUUGUAUUCAAUUAAAUCAUGGUGGUAGAAAAAUAGGUGAAGGUAAAGGAUUUGGAAUUAUUGAAAAUAAUUUUAAAGAUUAUUGUGUUGGACCUUCAAAUAUUCCAUUUAGUGAAAAUCAUAAUAUUCCAAGAGAAUUAAAUAUAAAUGAAAUUAAACAAAUUAUUAAAGAUUUUGGUGAUUCUGCUGAAAGAGCAAUUAAAAUUUGUAAAUUUGAUUCAAUUGAAAUUCAUGCUGGUAAUGGAUGUUUAAUUCAUCAAUUUUUAAGUAAAUUAACUAAUCAUAGAAAUGAUGAAUAUGGUGGAGAAUUUGAUAAUAGAAUAAGAUUAUUAUUGGAAAUUAUUGAUGAAAUUAAACAAAGAAUUGAUGAUAAAGUUCCAAUUUUUAUAAAACUUGCCAUGUGUGAUAAUUCUCAAGAUGAUGAUCAUCAUGAAGAAUGUUGGACUCCGAAAGAAGCUGUGAAAUUAGCUGAUCGAUUAAUAGAUCAUGGUGUACUGAUGAUUGAUGUAACUUCAGGUGGGAUUGUCAAUCAUGGGAAAUCAAGAUAUCUUCUCAAUGAAGAUAAAUCCCUUCCUGCUCAAGUACCAUUGGCACGUGAACUUAAGAAACAUAUAGGUGAUCGAUGUUUAAUUGCAUGUAGUGGUGGAUUAGAUAGAGAUCUUGAUUUGCUUAAUGACUUGGUAAAUAAUGGAGAGUUUGAUUUGGCAUUAUUUGGCAAAGGUUUUUUAAGAGAUACUGGUUUAACUUGGACUAUUGCUGAUAAACUAGGUGUUAAAGUUAGCAAGACAAGUCAAUACGAAUGUGCAUUUUAUUAG